AUGGAAAUGGGCGAAGGAAUGGCUCCACAUCCCGGUCCACCGGCUCCCGGCCCUGGACCGGGACUUGCACAAGGAGCCGCCGACCAAAAGCCGCCACCUCCAGAAUACUCUCCAAAUAACACAAUUUACAUCAAUAAUAUCUCAGAGAAGAUUAAAAUUGCUACUCUUCUCACCGAGCUUUCAGCGAUUUUUGAGCAGUUUGGCAAGAUCUUGGAAAUUCAUGCGAAAAAGAAUCUACGAAUGCGUGGUCAGGCGUUCAUCGUCUUUGAAGAACUUGAAAGUGCCAAGAAAGCGGUGAACUCCAUGCAGGGCUUCCCAUUUCACGACAAGAAGAUGCGAAUCGCCUUUGCCAAAACCGACAGCGAUUCUAUCGCCAAAAUGAAGGGAACCUAUGUCGAAAAGGAUCGAUCAAAGAAAGACAAGAAGAAAAAGAAGAAGAAGGACAAGAAGGUCAACCCAAUGCAGGCGAUGAUGAACAUGAUGAAUCCACAGAUGAUGAUGCAGAUGCAGAAGAUGAUGCAACAGGGUGGCAUGCAAAUGCCGAUGAACAUGCAAGCCAUGGCGAAGAUGAUGCCGCAGAUGCAGGCGAAUAUGCAAAAAAUGAUGGCUCAAAUGCAGGGUGGCGGUGCUGCGGCUCCUGGAAUGGCUGCAACUCCUGCCGCACCGGGCCCGAUUGCUGCUGCACCAAACAUGGGUCUUCCAGAAGGCAAGUUCGGCUCGAACAACAUCAUCUUCGUCCAAGAUCUUCCAGAAGAAGUCGAUGAGAAGAUGCUUACCGCGCUCUUUAAUCAAUUCGAUGGAUUCACCGAGGUCCGAAUGGCGCCUUCGAAGACUGGCAAAGCUGCCUUUAUCGAGUACACCACUGAACGAUCCGCUGCCAAUGCGAAGGACACGCUCCAGGGAUUCAAAGUCACUCCCACCACUCAACUCAAGAUCACUUUCGCGAAGAAAUAA